UUGUCGUCUCCUGACGCAUGUUCCGUCCCCCAAAAUUCUAGGCCCUUGACCUAGGGAUCCCGAUCCCCGGCGAGGCCUUUCCGCCGGCCAUGGAGUCGAAGUCAAAUGGAAGGUUCACUCUCGGCAAGCAGUCCUCGUUGGCCCCCUCCGGCAGCGAUGAGGAGGGGUGGGCGGGCGUCCCCGACGAGAUCGACGCCAACAUCCGCCUCAUGUACAUGGCGAACGAGGGCGACGUCGGCGGAAUCGGGGAGCUCCUGGACUCUGGCGUCGACGUCAAUUUCCGGGACAUCGACGGCCGCACUGCCCUGCACGUCGCCGCCUGCCAAGGGUUCGCGGACGUCGUCCGGUUACUGCUCGAUAAGGGCGCCCAGGUGGAUCCCCAGGACUGCUGGGGUAGCACGCCUCUUGCAGAUGCAAUACAUUAUAAAAACCAUGAAGUAAUUGAGCUGUUGGAGAAGCAUGGUGCCAAGCUAAAGAUUGCUCCUAUGCAUGUUGAGAAUGCCAGGGAAAUUCCUGAAUAUGAGAUUGAUCCCAGUGAACUUGAUUUCACUAACAGUGUUAACAUUACAAAGGGAACAUUCAUCAUUGCAAGAUGGCGGGGAAUUCAAGUUGCUGUCAAGAAGUUCAGCGAUGAAGUAAUGACCGAUGAAGAUAAAUUAAGGGCAUUCAGAGAUGAGCUUGCAUUACUUCAAUUAAUACGACAUCCAAAUGUUGUCCAGUUCUUAGGUGCUGUUACUCAAAGUAGUCCAAUGAUGAUUGUCACAGAAUAUUUGCGAAAGGGUGAUCUUUGUGCCUAUUUGAAACGGAAAGGAGCUUUGAAGCCAUCAGUGGCAGUGCGAUUUGCACUUGAUAUUGCCAGAGGGAUGAAUUACUUGCAUGAGCAUAAACCAGAAGCCAUAAUUCACCGUGAUCUUGAGCCUUCAAAUAUCUUGCGAGAUGAUACCAGGCAUUUGAAGGUUGCAGACUUUGGUGUGAGCAAGUUAUUGAAAUUGACAAAGACUGUUAGAGAGGAAAGGCCAUUAACUCUCGACACUUCAUGCAGAUAUGUGGCUCCCGAAGUCUACUAUAAUAAAGAGUAUGAUGUAAAAGUAGACGUCUUUUCAUUUGCCUUGAUUUUGCAGGAGAUGAUAGAAGGAUGUCCGCCUUUUAGUUAUAAACAAGAUGAUGAAGUUCCUAAAGCAUAUGCAUCCAAGGAGAGACCACCAUUUAGAGCUGCACCAAAACUGUACGCACAUGGAUUGAGAGAGUUGAUCGAACAAUGCUGGAGCGAAAAUCCCGCUGACAGACCGACAUUUAGAGAGAUAAUCAAUGAGCUCUUGUACAUCCAACACAGUAUUAUCAAAAAACAACGCUGGAAGUUGUUUCGGUUGAAGUGCAUUCAAAAUUUCGAAGCCAUGUGGAAGAAGGAAAAAGAUCCUAAAAGCCUCUCUUCUCAUUCAUCCACCAGAAACAUGUAACUGCAGUUGUGUAUCUUCACGAUCUUCUAAUUUCAUGGUUGAUUUUUGAACAUACUUGCAAA